AUGAAUUUCGUCGUGUGUUCGCCUCUCCUCGUCUUCCUCAUUGUCAACGAUCUUCCUGGGACGGAAGCCCGAGGAAGCCUCGUCGAGCCGAGGGACCGAGUUACCGUUUUCAGGGCGAGUUUUCCUACCCUGGCGAGUUCGAGCAGCGACGAAAACAACUGCGGAGGACGGCAGACCCAGUACAAGGUGAACGGAGGAAAAUGCGGAGUGUGCGGUGACGACUACGCCCAACCCCGGCCACGGGCGAACGAGAACGGUGGAAAGUACGGCAAAGGCGAGAUCGUUGAAACUUACGAGGCUGGUACGAAGCUCGUUGCGAGCGUCGAACUCCUCGACAACAAAUUCGGCUUCUUCGAGUUCGCACUCUGCCCAUUGGGCAACGGGACGGUUACGGAAACCGAAGAAUGCUUCGAGCAGCACAAGCUCCACCGAGUCAUCGGUGGAUACAAGUACCACGUCGGCAGACCCCACGAAGGACCGUUUCUCGUGAGCCUCCGUCUUCCCCGAGGUCUGACUUGCGAGCACUGCGUUCUCAGGUGGCAGUACACCGCCGGCUUGCAAUACGGAUGUGGAGACGGUUUUCUCAGCACGGACUGCGGCGACCAGGAAAUAAUCCGCUCUUGCUCGGACGUCAAGAUCCGAUGA